AUGCCAAUCAACCAGCACCACGCCAAUGAAACUGAAGUUCUAUCAAAAGUUGGAAGAAAUCUGUAUUUGAACGCCGAGAAGGCCGAUGUUCAUUUCAUUUUCGAAUCCGAGGACGAGCGUGUUCCAGCUCAAAAAAACAUUUUGUCCAGCGGCAGCGAUGUUUUCGACACGAUGUUUUAUGGUCCGUUGAAGGAAGAAGGUGACAUCAAAAUCGUCGACGCAACAGCUGAAGCGUUCAAAGAAUUUCUGUGCUUCUUCUACUUCAACAAGGUCGAUGUGAGCAUGGAACAUGUGCCGGACGUCAUGUAUCUCGGCAGAAAGUACAAUGUAGCAGACUGCCAGCGAUUGUGCGUAAAUUUAUUGGCAGCCAAUAUCACAGAUCAGACUGUGAUUUCCACUCUCAGCCUGGCCAUCAUUUAUGAAGAGAAGCAGCUGCAGAAAUCGUGUGAAUUGAUCAUUGCAUCGCUAACGGAUGAAGUUUUUAUAUCCGAGAAUUUUCUCGUUUGUGAUCGUCGAGUGUUGGAGCACAUCCUCAAAAUGGAUCGUCUUGCAUGUACUGAACAGGCACUGUUUGAAGCAUGUAUGUCAUGGGUCCGAGCGACCAGUAAUGAAGACCAUCUGACCAGAGAUAUUGUCCAAACUCAUUUGGGACGGUUAUUCUAUGAGAUUCGAUUCGGAGCCAUGACUUUGAAAGAAUUUGGCGAACUACUGCCUGUGUAUGGCGAGUUGUUGUCCGCAAAUGAAUACAGCGAAAUUUUUCGAGUGUUUUCCGGACAGGAGAUGAAGCCAAAAAUAUUCCAAAUGGAACAACGUUCAUACGAUUGGAAACACGCAAAGCUAAUUGAGUGCGAUCGAAGUUCAAAUGAUAGUUUUUUGAGGAUACUUCAGUCAGAAUUUGUCACACAGUUUUCAUCCAAUACCAGGCUGUUGUUGAGACAUUUUGUCAUUGCCCCAAUUUUGACCGACAGUCGUGAUCCUGUUCAAAAGAUUGAGAAUGUGGAAGUAACUGUCAUCGCCAAUUCGACAGAAAUAACACAAUUCAUUUGCGCAUUAGAUGGGGAAUACAAGGUAUAUCUUCCAUCACCGAUAUCCAUCACGGCCGAAAACAUUUAUGAAAUUUGGAUAAAGAUUGCUGAUGAAGACCGAAUAUCGUACUCGUUUUUGAAAUCAACGGUAGAGAUGGAAAAUAAUGUCGUUGUACGUUUCCAUAAUAUGUCAUACAUAGGAUCACUUGGAUUUAAUUUGAUGAAUUAA